CAAUAUGCUAUAAAAACCUCAGCAUCACAAGCACAACCCAUAAGAGCUGGCACCAUGCACGGCCUGGGUACAUUACUGCUUUUCCACAUUGUGACAUCUCUUGGGCAAAAUGUCCAUGGGAGUGACAUCGUACAUGGGGAAAAGGCACCCGAGAACUCAAUGCAGUACAUGGUCUCAGUGCAAAACAAAUAUGGUCAUGUGUGUGGAGGAUUUCUAGUGAGCCAGGACUUUGCGGCCACUGCUGCACACUGUGCUACAGAUGAACCUGUGCAUGUUGUUCUGGGAACCCACAAGCUAUCAAAGAGGAACGUGAGCCCAAUGAAUAUUGAAUACUUAUGCAAAUAUCCAACUUAUAAAUCUGUUGGACUUGGUGAUGACAUCAUGCUCCUUAAAUUGUCCGGGACAGCUCCGCUAAAUAACAGGGUGAAAAUAAUUCCACUUCCAACGUCGUCCAAUGCAAACCUUAGAGAUGGUCAGAUCUGCUCUGUAGCUGGAUGGGGUCAAACUGGGACCCACCAUGCUGGUGUGGAUGACCUGAGAGUGGUGAAUGUGUCAAUCUUAAAUCUACAACUCUGUCGGGAGAAAUGGGGGGAUGACUUCCCUUCCAAUGUGAUCUGUGCUGGUGGAUACAACACAGACAAAGGAUUUUGUCAGGGUGAUUCCGGUGGUCCACUGGUGUGCAACGGAGUAGCUGUUGGUGUUGUGUCAUUCAACAAUCAGAAAAUCUGCAACUACCCAGAUGUACCCAACGUCUACACAGACAUAUCCAAAUAUCUUCAGUGGAUCAACAACAUUAUGAAAAUGAAGAAAUGUGUGUCAUAAGCUUAUUACAGAAGGUCUUCCUGCACAGAAAGUUGUUCAUCUCAUUUCAUUGCCUUUGUCAACUUUUGGUAUUCAACAGAAUUAUGAAAUAAAGCAAAGCAAAAUGCAAUCAAAUGCUAAAA